AUGGACGUCGCUACCUUCCUGCUCGUCUUCGCCACUUGGCUCUUCUCCUGGCGAGUGCCGUGUUUCCAAACUUUCGCCAUUUCCCCGCCGUCUGCGCCCAAAAGCAGCAGAGCGUUGGUCGGUCAGGAGGCGUCCCGCUUCUUCAAGGAGUUGAACGCUGCGUCCGUGGAGCGGCUCGACAGCAGGUCCGCGGUGGAGCCGCACGACUACAUGCUGUCCAUCUACAAAACCUUCUCCUCCGCAGAGAAACUGGGGCUCAACGCGAGUUUCUUCAGGUCCUCCAAGGCGGCCAACACCAUCGCAAGUUUUGUGGACAGCGGACACGACGAGUUGCCCCUCUCCCCCCUCCGGGCGCAGCAGUACCUAUUCGACGUCUCCACUCUCUCCAGGAAAGCAGAGGUUCUCGGAGCCGAGCUCAGGAUUUACAUUAAAAUGUCUGGGAAUUUCAAGAUUUCUGAAACCGAACCGGUGGACAUCCAGCUGCUGUCCUGCAGCGACCGGACGCUGCUGGCCUCCAAAACGCUGGAACUGCAGGAUUCCCACCGGCCCAAGUGGGAGGUUCUGGACGUGUGGGAGGUUUUCAAAGAGUGGCAGCAGCUCAACCCCGGGAAGCCCUUCUGUCUGGAGCUGACCGCCAUGCUGGACAACCCGGAGCGGGAAGUGGACCUGCACCAUCUGGGUCUGCACCGGCAUGCCAGGCCGCAGCAGAAGAAAGCCAUCCUGGUGGUCUUCACCCGCUCCAAGAAGAGGCAGACGCUCUUCAGCGAGAGGAGGGAAGGACGGGCGCUGCUGGGGCUCGGGAGGAAAGCCAAGGAGAGGAGUCCGGGAGCCAAGGCCAGCCGAAGGAGACGGACCACCAUCGGCAAGAGCCGCCACGGCAAGAGGCACGGCAAGAAGUCCAAGUCCAGAUGCAGCAAGAAGCCGCUGCACGUGAACUUCAGAGACCUGGGCUGGGAUGACUGGAUUAUCGCCCCCUUGGACUAUGAGGCGUACCACUGCGAGGGCGUGUGCGACUUCCCGCUGCGCUCCCACCUGGAGCCCACCAACCACGCCAUCAUCCAGACCCUGAUGAACUCAAUGAACCCGGGUGACAUGCCACCGAGCUGCUGCGCCCCCACCAGACUCAGCCCCAUCAGCAUCCUCUACAUCGACUCGGGAAACAACGUGGUCUAUAAGCAGUACGAGGACAUGGUGGUGGAGUCCUGCGGCUGCAGGUAGCCCACGGCGAGCAGCCGGGUCACAGAGCUCUGGCCUGCUUCAGGUCCAGACCAGCAGGGAAAACUAUCUAAUCCAUCUCACUACAGCCUCAGCAGGUCAGCGGGAAGAAAUGUCAGUCCUGCUAUCAUGAAGGAUUACGACCUUACAGUCACUUUUACUCGUAUUAUAUUGAAGAGAAACUGAACACGGACGUGAAGGACAAUUAUUAUAAGUAUAAGCAAAGAAUAGUGAAAUAUAAUGUAGAAAAUAUGCAGUUAUUGUUACAGGAAAAGUGCUUUCAAAUUUUUAGGUAUUAAUGAAAAUUGAAAUGAAGAACAAACUUGUCGACCAAGAACUAGCAACAAACCCGUCCUCAGACACAUUUGUUUUGAUAUUUGUACACACACACUUGUAUGAAUGAUAUCGAUCCAGAAAUUAAAUGAUAACUGACUCACAGAGUUUGACUGAAAAAUAGCUGGAGUCUGCCCCACCUACUUAGAGCAGCAGGGACGGGACAUCUUCAAUUGACAACUUAAAUAUAGUUUACAUUUGAGUUUAAAAUCUAUUAAAAUUCAUCAAUAUUUAACAUUUUUGAAUGCGGUUCUACUGAGAAAAGCAAAAUAAAUUCAAGAGAAGGCGCCUCGACGGAACACAAGUGGCUGUUAAAGAAUUCAAUUUCAUUAUAUUUUAUGAAAAUAUAUUUUGGGAUUAAAAUCGCAGGCUGGUUUAGUGGCGUUGGUACAUAAAAAAGUCAGGUAUUGUUAUAAUUGUAAUAGAAAAUAUGGCUAUAUUUCUGUGGGGAAACUCAUAUUAGAGGAAAGGGUUAAUUAACAAGAAAGUUUGAUGGAGAACUCUCACACAAGUGGAACGCAGCCCAACUCAAGCCUGCGUUUCAUCACAUGCAGCGAGCUGUGAGCUGAUAAUGACAGGCUGCUGACAGCUUUUUCUCAUAUCCAUGUUGCCACAAGAAAGGACUGGACGUGUCACAUGUGAGACACAGCGCAGACUCUUGGCUUCAGGCCGCAGUUCAGAUGCGUGCUGCAUAAAGCGAGGCCCGAGAGGAGAUGCAUUUGCUGGACCUCAGUGGAACAGCUCCAGCCUCAGUGAAGUGACCUUCUGCCCUCGGAAACCUGCCACAUCUCAAGUCUCAGGGAACUAAAUUGACGAGUAUGUGAUGUGAGAAGGAUCAAUGUUUUUUACUUCUAUGCACUGAUGAUGAUGAAAAGUAUUGUGUGUAAAUAUUUGAUAUCAAAAUAAUAAUUUAUGUUCUAAAAAUAAGUUAUUUUACUUUUUCCCCAUUGUCCACAACAUCUGGUCGCUGAAAUAAAACUGUUUUUUUUCUUUUUUUCAUUCCGUAACAGCAUUAAUACAGUGCCAGUAGAGUUCAUCUUUUGAAAGUCGAUGUUUUUUUUAUCUGAAAUCUGAAGAUAUAUAUCUGUGAUUUAUGCUAACUGCUGAUGAAUCAUGUGCUAGUUAUUUUAUAAACAUUUAUUCACCUCA